CUUAACGUGUCACCUGCAAAACCAGCAAGCAAAUCCAUAGAGAUGACUGAAACGGAGAUGUAAAUCUCAUCGUUGAUUUUAAUACAUAGCUCCAAGAUCCCAUGUUGUCACCAUUAUCAUUUAUCAAUAGCUUAUUUAAACUAUGCAAAAGCACCACUUCAAUCUCCAACUUUUGUUAAUGUCUUUAGCAACCUCCUUUCCUCUUCAUGUUCCAGUUACAGCUUCGGGUUCACCAGCAAACCAUGGCAACAAGAUCGUGAUGCUUAGAAAAAAACAGGUUCCAAACAAGAAAACACCCAUUAUUCAGAUCAAAUCCUUCUCCAAGAACAAGGUUUUUGAGGAUCAGUCUGAAGGUGUAAUCUGCUAUAGAGAUGAAAAUGGAGAAAUGGUUUGUGAAGGAUACGAUGAAGGGCCUCGAUUUCGUCAACGAACAUUUUAUCAUCUUAGAGAUGCUGAGAUCCUUGAUCUUCUUCAAGAUAGAUGGCUUCAAAUUGUUAAUGGUGUCAAUGAUUUUUAACAAGUU